AUGUCCGCCUUUGAACCUCCUCAACACCAGCGUUCUUACUCUUAUCCUAACCCUUCACUCCCCCCCUUCUCCAAUCUCUCUCAGCAGACUCCUCAUACAAUCAACCUUCAUACACCUCCACUCAAGAAAUCAUCCAUCAUGCCAUCGCUUGACGGCGGGGCAGCUUCACUCCAAUCUGCUGGUACUACCACAUUGCCUCUCCUACAGCCCAUGGACUUCUCACGCUAUACCACCCUAUACAACACACCUACUGCUACUCAAUUGGCCCAUCAAAUCUCCCAUGAUCGAUUUCAAUCCAAUGGCAACCGAGCAGACGAAACCCCUCCGACGCACCACGCCACUCUACCAUCUACGCCUACUGAACCGACUUGUGCAUCGGCCCACCCGACAUCGCUCGUCGAGUCCUACUUAUUCGCCCCUCAGCCCAAGCAGCAUUUCGCACAGAUUCUGACUUGGCCUCAGCACCACCUCGAGGAAAGUAGAGAAUUCAUCACGCCUUCAAAGAUCAAUCAAGGAUUCACCCCGCUGACGCUUGGCAACGACCUACCUCUAGAGGCAUUUCCUCGGAGCCACACCUAUUCUCAGCCUCAGACUCAAGGUGUUCCAGACUAUAUGGGCAACAUGAUGCGCUUCGAGCCAAUCGACGAGGAGGAAGCGGCGAGAGAAGCGCAUUUGUUGAAGACGAGGAAACACGUAUGCGUGGUGUGCAACAAGCGUUUCAAUCGACCCAGCUCGCUCAGCACGCACAUGGCCGUACACACGGGUGCUAAACACCCAUAUACCCGGCCAGAAGCGAGGUCAGACAUCUCCGUUAGCAGAAACAUCUUCAGAACCCAUGUCAAGACAUCAGACAUCCUCGUCAUGGAGUUCAUCACAUUCCCUUGA